CGCAGUUGCCUCGAGGUUUCUUCAUGCCUGUGAUGGCGGCAAUCUAUGCCGACAAGGGCUCGGCAUUUGACAACGCGAUGAAUCCGACGCACGAACAUGGAGCUGCUCUAGGCUGUGGCGUUGAAGAGCACGUGAGCUUUGCCCUGCAGUCUUUCCUCGCCAUCGACAGCGACGCGCAUGAAAUCCUUGAGGAACUACGAUGGAACAAAGUCCGAUCCCCACACACUCCGAGACAGAUCCUCCUGCGCGUGCGAUCACACUCCCUCGGGCGAAUCGGCGAAGACGACGGAGAUGAAAGAGAAGCCAGUGAGGUAGACUCGGCGUAGGUUUUGUCGACGACAUCGAAAUCAUGAGUUAACUUGGUAAGCAUGACCGAAGCGUCAGGACGUCGCGAGAUCUGGAUGAUAGAGAUCAACUCACCGACAGUUGUGACUGGUGAUAUAAGACACUCGAUGGACCCUUGCAUUCAGCAUUACACCGUAUUCCUUGACGCCAUACACACAAUAUGGAGGGCAUCUUCCUUCGCUGUGACUUAGUACGAGGUCUUGGUGGUGAAAUCGACCAACACAGUUUCCUUGAGCUCGUCUUCGCGGUACGGCGUCGUAUCGAUGUUGAUAGCCUUGACGGGUGACACUUCGACAUCGUCGGGGAUAAUGCCAUCAGGGAAACACACUUCCAACGGCAACGGCGGGUUGCGCAUGAACUUGGAACCGCCUGGCAUGUGCACAACUACGUACGGGUCGGGGUGCGUGUACUUUUCCAACUGCGCAUUGGCUUCGCGGAUCAACCGUUGAGCGACAGCGAGGUCGGUGUGCUUGUUGUCGUCAAAUUGGCCACGAAUUUUCGUCGCUUCUUCGUUCCAGAGGCGGCGGUCGAUUACCCAGCUGUCCAAGAGCUUCAGCGAGCGCUUGUACAGACGUGUCACCUGCUGCUUGUGCGUCAGCGUAGGUGCCGCACCCCGCGCUGACAACGCGGCCUGCAGGAACGCUUGGUUCAAGUUGCUCGUCAUUCUCCUCCAG